AUGGGUGACUGUCGGAAAGCCUAUGGGACUGUGACGAUCUUGAUCAUGUAUACAUCAAAAACCUUACCUGGAGGAACGAAUGGGCGAACAAUGGCGUGCUAUGCCUCUCUAUCCAAUUAUAAUCUAGUCCGUGUAGACAUCGACAUCAAUGAGAGGAUCAAUGCUGCUUGCUCCAAAUACAGAACGACAAAAUAUAAGAAGUACUGCGCUGCGGCCGAUUUUCUUCAGGAUACCGACUGGAUGCUAGUAGUUGAUGACAAUUCAGCGAUAGCAAACCCAAAUCACUGCAUCGAAGAAUGGAUUGAUGAUAGAGUCAACAUAAUUUUCCUGGAGCAAUUUAACAGUUGGAUGAUUUCCGAUGAAAAUUACCUGGUUCGACGAAGCGAGUGGUCUAUAAACUUCCUGCGGGAAUUGGCUGACAAAGAGUUUACUCCAAGAGGUCGGAGCAGAUAUGACAAAGGAAUUCUAUCGGUAGGUUUCAUUCGAUAA